AUGGCUGAAAUUCCGACUGAACGAAUAAAGAUUGCUUGGUUCUGGAAAUCCAAUGCAGACCCUUUUGACGAAAGUCAGAUUGCCAAAUGGGAACGUUAUUCCGACUUAGAAAUCGACUGGAUCGAGGAAAACUACCAGAACAAGGAAAAAUAUGUUGACUUGGGUGAUUAUAGAGUGGACUUGAAAAAGAUGGUUCAAUAUCGAAAAAGUGAUCCGAAUCGACAAAGACCUAUAAAGCGAGAAGGUAUAGAUAGUAGACAGUACAUACGACGAGAUCGGUGUUGUAUUGCCGAAAAACCAAUAUUAUUAUCCAAAUCAUUUGGACAACCGGGUGAUUUCUAUGAAAAUGCCAAGUUUAUUGAUGACUGGAAAAAUAAGCAUGAAGAUUUGUGUAGCUCUCGUGACUAUUCAAAAAUAAUUGAACAAGCAGCUCAAGGUAUUAUUCAUGAGGGGUGUUUAUUGGAAAAAGAAUUUGAAGGUCAACGAAUUGCCGCUAAGUUGCGUAAAGUAAAACAUGAGAAUUUGAAACAAAUCCAUGAUGUGUGUGUACACGUCUAUUCGAUGAAUACAUUUCUGUACGGUUUACUCAUUGAAGCGAUGAGAAAUGAAGAUAUGAGUAAAGUCGAUACAUUAGGACCAUUCAGUUAUCUUUUAACAUUGAAUCUCUACGAUGAUGAUAAAGAAGAUUCAAUUGUUUAUCGUGGAUGCUAUUUAUCGGAUGAUAUGAUCAAUGACUACAAAAAUUCCGUCGGAAAGCAAAUUAUAUGGUCUUCGUUUACUUCAUUAUCACGGUCAGAAGAGGAAGCAGAAAAGUUUGUGAAGAAUGCCAUGUUUAUCGUCCGCAUUACGGGCCAUGUCUACUGUUCAAAAUAUAUCGCGUCUUUGUCUCGGUAUCCGGAUGAACAAGAAGUAUUAUUGAGACCUGUACAUCCCAUGUGGGUUGUGAAAUAUGAAUACAAUAAUGCGAAAAAAAGACAUGUCAUUUAUUUGAAUGAUGAUCCUGAUUACUGGCAAAAACAAUCAAGCAAGUCAUCAUCAUAA